CGCGCUUCGAUGUCAGUGUCCGCCGUGCAUUGAGCAACGUUCCAUCUAUAUCAGGGGAUAUCUAGGGUCUAGGGGGUGUUCGCAAAAGUCAUUCGUUUCGUGUGUGUAUGUUGAAAUAUUUAGUGCUUAAGUGGAUGUGCAAUUUUAAUACGUCUAAAAAGUAAUUGAUUUUAAAAAUUGGAAAUCAAUCUAGUCAAAACGAUCAUUGGAUAUAUUUUGGGUGUGUCUGUGAGAGAGAGGGAGAAUCAAAAGUCAAGAAGGACACUUGUCACCCAUUUGUUCACCCACUCCCCAGAAGAACGGCACGUGCUGGUCACGCGUCGGCAAUCAGGGCCAGUCGGAAGCGGAAGUGUUAGCUUAACCGUUAUGCACUUGUCGGCCAAUUAGUGUGCAACAGAUUCCAUAGCAUUCGGGCGCAAGAUGUUUUCCAUGGACAACUUUGACUUGGAGGCCACCAUGGCGCGUCACUUCUUCGAAGGAUCGCAGGCCACCAAUGCCUCCACCUCGAGUUCCGAGUACUUCUUUGGCGACGAGCACAGCUCGGAGAGCGAUGACGAGGACGAUGCCUAUAGCAGCGGCUUUAACAGCGACCAGGAGAACACGGAGAAGACACGGCGUAGCCACAAGCCGCGUCGCUUGAAGUGCGCCUCCCAGAUGGCCCAGCAGCGGCAGGCGGCCAAUCUCCGAGAGCGCAGACGGAUGCAGAGCAUCAAUGAGGCAUUCGAGGGACUGAGGACUCAUAUUCCAACGCUGCCAUAUGAGAAGCGUCUGAGUAAGGUCGAUACACUCAAGCUGGCCAUCAGCUAUAUAACAUUCCUCAGCGAAAUGGUCAAGAAGGAUAAGAAUGGAAACGAGCCAGGACUGAGCUUGCAGCGCAAUUACCAAAAGGAACCGCCCAAGAAAAUCAUCCUCAAGGAUCGCACAGGCGGUGUGGCGCAUUCCUUGUCCUGGUAUCGCAAGGGCGAUCGAUAUCCGGGCAGCAAGCUUUAUGCCCGCACCUGGACACCAGAGGAUCCACGCGGCCCCAUCUCACAGAUCCAACCGCUGUACAACAACACCAACUCGAAUCAAAAUCAAAAUAGUAAUCAAAGCAGCGAUGAUUUCAAUGGCAGUGCCGGCUCCACCGAUAUGUCGGAUCCUGGAGUCGGGGCCAGCAUCUAUGGCAGCGGCAAUGGCAUGUGAGGAGGAGGUACAGACACGGCACUCAAUCCUCAUAGAGAGAGAAAGGAAACAUCCAACUAGUCAAGCUUUGCUAGUCAUUGCAUCUAUAACAUAUUAAUCAGUUUAAUAAUUAUAUGAGAAAAAACAUGUUCUGUGGUAUUUAAUUGCUCUAAGUUCGCUAAUA